AUGCAAGCACGAAAGCGACUAGCCGUGAUAAAGAGCCCGAUGAAUCUUACAGACCUGUUAAUCGUCCAAAAGGCCGUUCUCCCCAAUGGCCAAGUGUUGUUGUUGAAGUUGCCUUUUCUGAGUCGGAGAGAAAACUGGCACACGACGCCCGCUGACUCACGAAGUCGGGAGGGAUGGAGAAUAAUUAUCACCAUAUACAUCCACAGAUCUUACCAUUACCCUCUAUAUGUAACAACCUCUACCACCGAAGCGGAACUAAGAGCAGCAACUGAAGCCGCAAAGCGAUUGUAUAUCUGGAAACGUGUCUUUGAAGCAAUCGGCUUCAAGCCAGAGCAUGAACUAUCUAUUCAAUGUGACAAUACUCAAACCAUACGCCUACUGACGAGUCCAGAACCCAAUUUCCACACAAGUCUACGCCAUAUCGACAUCUAUCACCACUGGCUCCGCCAAGAGAUUCAGAGCAAGCGACUUCAUAUUCAAUGGGUCGACACCAAGAGAAUGGUUGCAGAUGGCCUUACAAAGUUGCUCAAGGGCCAGAUCUUUGUGAAUUGGAGAAAACACCAGGGAUUAGUGGAUAUAGCACAUUUACUGCAGGAAUAA